UCUCACUUCGACGGUCAUGUCAAUACAUGGACAACAUGGGAGAGGUCGAGGAGCGGAAGGAUGUCACUUGUGGCCGAUUUUCCUUGUUCGGCUUCAUGGUUGGAUGCCACAUGCUGGUGUUAGGUCUGGUUUAUCACAAGGACUGUCCAACUGACCUGAGUGUGGCGUGGUACAUGAUCUGUGAAGGGCUUCUGGUACUUGUCAUAGCUAUCAUGUACGGACUAAAUUCUAAAAAAGUCAAAGAUGAAACACAAUAUUGCCUUUGUUUCGCAAUGAUUCUCACAGCUGGGAUCAUCUGCGGCGGUUUCGGUGGCUACCAGUUCUACUACUUUCCAUGUCAGAAAGGAAUUCUGUACUGGUGUGCUGUUGGGUUUUAUGUUCCAGUGUGUAUAAUCUUGAUAACAAUAACUUCAUGGACUGUGUGUCCAUGUUGUCGGUGAGAGUUUUCCCUCAAUAUAACACCCCAGGGGGUUGAUGGGAGCAGAGAGUUGGGCUCUGACAGACCUGAUAGACAAGCACAGGUUGAGUUUAUUUGGAUGGAGUACCCAACCAGGGGAGAUAACUCCAAUCUUCACUUCAAUAACGUGUGCCCCAGACAUGGAAGAGAAGCUGUUCACUGGCUGAGCGAAUUACCCUGGGCUUUGAUGCCAAAGAGUGAGAGAGUAUGGUUUUACACAACUUUUAGCAACAUCACAGGUGGGGACACAAGAAAUGGGCUUCACACCUUGUAUCCAUGUGGGAAAUCAAACCCAGUUUUCAGCGCUAUGAGCGAAUGCUUUAACCACUGGGCUACCCCACUGCCUCUGAUGUCAAGGAUAAAGACAACAUAUUAAUUGUUACAGUUGAAUUUGAGUACUUGAAUCUGGGUCCAGUUUUGAGAUGCGAGUACUGGAGUUCAGAGCCCUAACAUGGUGACUGACUAUUUAAUUAUUUUAUU